CAUUAGACUUACCCAGCAAGAGACGCUUUUUAAGGAAGCUUUGGACAGCCCCUCAUGGGGGCAUGGCGGUGCUGCUACAAGCUUCAAUCAAUCAGCCCAAGCUUUAAAAAAGAAACUUCAUUUUAUCCUUUUUGUAGUAAUUAUUUUAUCUGCAAAAUCCUAUCUGCCAAAUUCUUAAAUUUAUAUUUUAUUUAUAUAUUAAGCUAAUAAUAAGCUUUAUCAUUUAACAUUGCUAUAAAGGCAAGAAAAGAACGAGAAAUCUCCAUUUUUUUUCCCUUUUUCUGGUAAAUUGAUCCUUUGCUUCGUCUUUCAGUCUUUGCCUUCUAGGGUUUGUCACUUGUUCCUAAGCUUCCUUUACGCCGUUUUCGUCUUUACAGAGUAACGAAUGAAACUGUAUGCUAUUCAGAGUCACUGCUAGCAAGGAAAAGAACCGAAAUAAGCAGAGAUGGCUGCUGAGCUGGUCAAUUUUUCCACAAGUGAGAAAUUGGCUGAGAUGGACUGGGCAAAGAACAUUGAAAUUUGUGAGUUAGUUGCUCGAGAUCAAAGGCAAGCUAAAGAUGUUGUUAAAGCAAUUAAGAAACGAUUGGGGAGCAAAAACCCAAAUACUCAAUUAUACUCUGUAUUGCUAUUGGAGAUGUUGAUGAACAAUAUUGGUGAAAAUGUUCAUAAGCUGGUGAUUGAUACUGGCAUUCUCCCAAUUCUUGUGAAGAUAGUCAAGAAAAAGUCGGACCUACCAGUGCGAGAGAGAAUAUUUUUGCUUUUGGAUGCUACACAAACAUCUCUUGGUGGUGCUUCUGGAAAGUUCCCUCAGUACUAUUCAGCAUACUACGAUCUGGUGAGUGCUGGAGUAGAAUUUCCUCAAAGGCCUCAUGCAACACCAUCAAAUCCACCUACUUCGCAACCAAUUAAAAGUAAUACGCUUAAUGGUGAACUUGCCUCUGCCAGACAAGAGGCAGUUGCAAAGGAAGCAGAGCCUCAGAUUGUUCCCGAGUCCAGUAUUAUUCAGAAGGCUAGCAAUGCGUUAGAGGUUUUAAGAGAAGUCCUUGAUGCAGUUGAUGCUCAAAAUCCUGAGGCUGCAAAGGAUGAAUUUACACUUGACCUUGUGGAACAGUGUUCAUUCCAGAAGCAACGAGUGAUGCAUCUUGUGAUGAGUUCUAGGGAUGAGAAGGUGGUUUCUCGAGCAAUUGAAUUGAAUGAGCAACUCCAGAAUGUUCUUAUCAGACAUGAUGCUCUUCUCUCUGGGAGGACAACUGUUUCUAGUAGGCCGGCAUCAACUCUUAAUCAUUUCAACCAUGUAGAAGAGGAAGAGGAGCCUGAGCAACUUUUUAGAAGGAUACGAAAAGGGAAAGCAUGUGCAAGACCGGAAGAUGAAGAGUGCUCUAGAGAACAGCCACACUUGGGUUUGUAUGGAUCAAACAUUCUGGGAGAAAAAGAACGGCUAAACCGUCCACUUAUUCGACCAUUGCCCUCAGAACCAUCAUAUGAAAACAAUGCACAUCCUUCAGCUGUUGCAAUUCCUCCCCCUCCUGCAAAACACAUCGAGAGAGAAAGAUACUUUCAGGAGAAAAAGGUUGACGGUUCUGCUGUGGCUGGUCAUAUGAGAGGCUUGUCAUUACACAGUCGUAAUGCUAGCAGUUCUCGUAGCUCCGAUUUCAGUGACUAACUAGAGGUGUCGGCUGAAAGAACCUCGAGAUAUUUUAAUCAUGUAAAGUGUCAUUACAGUCGGAGCCUUUCUAAUUCAGUGUCCUUUAUUGCUCGUCUGGAAGGUGGCCGACUGUUCCAUUGAGUCGUGGCGUCUGAGUUUUUCACAAUCCUUUGUUUGUAGGAGUGCUUGUAAAGAGGAUUCCUUUCCAACAUUUUUUAGUACAGACUCUUUGAUGGCAUGGCUAUUAUCUUGGACUCUUUAGUAAAUGCACAGUUAUGAUGGUACCCAGACACGGACCUUCAUAUUCUUUUUCUUAAA